AUGUCUGACCGCUGGGGCAGACACUUUAUCUUCAUACGCCGCAUUACCCAGGACCUUGCCCUGAGGCUGCGGUGCCCAUACCGGUGGGAAUCAAUGGGCUCAGAAGCAGGACCACGCUCGGGGCCGCCCUCGCCCGUUCCCCCGCGCCCCUCUGGCGCGGCCUGGCCGGGGCCCCUCGGCGGCAGGGACCAACAAACCACACAGGUUUUGGGGAAAGCACUUCAGGAGGAUCUGGCCGCGACGGGGCGGGUUACAAAGAGCCGGGCAGCGGCCGGAGGAGGUGGGGCGGGAAGCGCUCCGCUUCAUCCCCCUCCUCCCCCCGGCCUACGCUUCCCAUGGUGCGUUGCGUUCCAGAGGGAAGCGCGCAUGCGCAAGUCCACGGGCACGGGUCCUCCGCGCCGCCCGGAGUGGAGGGUUCCUGCUAUUCAGCAGAAAAGAACUGUAGCAUUUCUAAACCAGUUUGUGGUUCACACAGUGCAGUUUCUCAACCGCUUUUCUACUGUUUGUGAAGAGAAAUUGUCAGCACUUUCUCUCCGUAUCCAACAAAUUGAAACAACACUCAAUAUUUUGGAUGCAAAGUUAUCCUCUAUUCCUGGCCUAGAAGAUGUCAAAUUUCAAGCGUCCAGUGCAAAUAUGAAUAGUGUUACAAAUGGUCCUGUGGCACAAGCUACUGCGGAUCAACAGACAGCUGUAUCGCCUCCAUCUGGACAGGUCAAUAUACAUGAAGAAGGGUUACAGAAAACAGAGGUAGUAACAGAAAAUGUCAGAACUGUGGCCAAGGAUCCAAGAUACGCCAGAUAUCUCAAAAUGGUACAAGUGGGUGUUCCUGUAAUGGCAAUACGAAACAAAAUGAUUUCUGAAGGGCUAAAUCCAGAUCUUCUCGAGACCCCAGAUGCCCCUGUGCCUGCCUGGGGAGAUGACGGGAAAGCAGAAGACAGUUCUGAUAGUGAAUCUUCAUUUAGUGACUGAAGAGACUGAUUUCAGCCUUUGGAAACCUCUGUUAAGUGCUAAUGUAUUUGGAGCUUUAGCAACAAUGGUUUUGCGUGGGUCACGAGUGAUGUGGUUUAUCUGACAGCAUUUUUAAGAACUAAGAUCCUCCGUGUUCUCUCCCAGAAGGUUUGAACAAGCAGCGUGUUUCAACUUCAACCUUUCCACCAUGAAAAUUAAUUGUGAGAUCCUUGCAAUUUUUAUGCUGCAUCAUUUCAGAUACCUUUCUGAUUCU